AUGCAGAACUAUAAAGGUCAGGUUACAAGGUCUCAUGCUUCUGAACAUACGUGGUCUUGGAAUGCAGUUCUUUUCCUGGUCUGUGUCUCUGUGUCCAUACGCUCUGGCACUAUGAGUUCUUGCGAGACCGAAGUAAUGCGAAUCGGGAAGAAGUUUGAACGUAUGGUACAAGGAACCAAAUCGAUGGAAAGUGCAAUGGAAUUAUUGGAGGCACUUUCAUCGCUCCCGAUCAGCAUUGAAAUCCUAACGAAAACAAGAAUUGGUGUGAUUUUAAAUGAUCUUCGAAAAAAGACUAACGACGAGCGAAUAUCCAGGAGAGCAAAGAGUCUCAUCAAGACAUGGAAAAACCAACUAGGAAAUAAGGAAGGUAAAGAAUCGUCGAAGGACAAGAUGUCUCGCAACGAGUCUGCAUCUUCGAAUCUGUCGGAUACUUCUACUAAGUCAUCUUCAAAUAACGUUUCUGUGCCUCGACAACCGUCAGAUCCAACUUCAUUUGCCACUAAAGUUUUUUUCUUAAAUGGUAUUCAGGUGAGAAACAAAUGUACUUUGAUGAUUUUGAAUGCCUUGAAAAACGGCCCGUUACCCGACGGUACAUUGGAUCCUGAGGAUCUUGCAGUUCGUACCGAAGCAAAGCUUUAUGAAGUUCAUCGUUCUACAAAUGAAAAGUACAAAGCUGCUGUCAGAAGUCGAGUUUUUAAUCUAAGAGAUAAAAAGAAUGUUGCACUGCGAGAGAAUGUCUUGACUGGAGUAGUAAAACCUGAAAGAUUUGCAACGAUGACCAGCGAGGAUAUGGCUUCUGAUGAAAUGCGUAGCAUGCGAGAGAAAUUUACCAAAGACGCUAUCAAUGAACAUCAAAUGGCAGUACAGGAAGGCACUCCGUCUGACAUGUUCAAGUGUGGCAAAUGCGGUAAAAAGAAUUGCACUUACAACCAAAUGCAAACAAGAAGUGCUGAUGAGCCUAUGACAACUUUUGUUUUUUGCCGAGAGUGUGGAAAUAGGUGGAAGUUUUGUUAA